AUGUGUCUCCUGACGCAGUUCACUCUGCUCCUGUGGAAGAACUUCACUCUCCGGAAGAGACAAAAGGUGCGGCUGGUCGUUGAAGUGGUAUGGCCUCUGUUUCUCUUCUUCAUACUGGUGUGGGUGCGGUCCACCAAUAAGCCUCUCUAUAAAGGCCAAUGCCACUACCCAAAUAAAGCCAUGCCGUCGGCUGGCGUGCUGCCAUGGUUUCAAGGUAUGAUGUGUAACAUCAACAAUCCCUGUUUGAACUAUCCAACGCCGGGGGAGACGCCAGGCCAAGUCAACAACUUCAACAACUCCAUAAUUGCCGGGAUGUUGAUAGAGCUGCAAACCCUCCUAGUGAACAGAUCCAUUCUCAGCAAGGCACAGUUGCUGGCAGAUGACCUCAACCAGUGGGAUUCAGUCCUGUCGCAGUCUAACCCCGGUGAUGCUCAACCAGUGAUCCUAAGGAGUAUUCUCAGAGACGAUGAAACUUUCUCCACUCACCUGAAACAGAAUUUGUCGCUGCCACCAACAGUGGUCCAAAGCCUCAUGAAUGCUGAGAUUAAACUCAAUCCAAUGAUGGGCAUCCCAAGGCCAGGCAACCUGAGGAGCAUCCUGUGUGAGGGGGCAGAUCUGGAUGAAUAUAUCCAAUUUAGCAGCCGAGCUGAAAAGGAGGCUUUUCAAAAUGUCAGCUGCUCCCGUGAUCCACAACAGCUGAUUAAUGCCCAGCAAGUGCUCCUGCAGAACCUGGAUGCGAGGAAAGUGCUUUCUGAGGCACCUUCAGCUUUGGAUCUCAAUCGAACAGACACAGUCUCACUGACGGGGAAAACCAUUCAAGAUGCAUUACCAGUGAUUGAGGAGAUGGCCAGACUGCAGAACUCCAUGAUCUUUAAGGCCGCAAGUUCUUUGGAUUUCCAAAGGGACAUGAUUGGCAGUAUCAAUAUGCUACUUUGUGGAAAGCAGCUUGACAUCAGUUUACGCUCAACUAGACAGAUGGAUAACAACACGUCUGUCUCUGUUACGAGCAACAGUUCCGAUGCUUUUUGUCAGACUCUUCUCGACACCCUGGAGGGCACACCUGGUCUGCGCUACAUUUGGAGCACCUUCAAGCCGUUACUGCAAGGGAAAGUCCUCUACACACCUGAUACACCUGCUGUUCGCCUCAUGGUGAAAGAGGCAAAUAGCACAUUCAAUGCCCUGGCUAUGCUGAAAGAGCUGGCUGAUUUGUGGGAUGAACUCGGGCCACGUGUCUGGGAUUUUCUUCAAAACAGCCGUCAAGUCAAUGCAUUACGGGCUUUGCUGGCAAAUCCAGUGUCUGCUGCUGUCCUCAACCAGCGUCUGAACGGCACGGAAUGGACAGCGGAGCAACUGGCCAACUUCCUGUACAAUGGGCAUCCAGAGGAUCGACCCCCCGGCAUGCCGCCCUACGACUGGCGAAAUGCUUACAACGCCACAUCGGAAAUCCUGAAGCUUCUCUCCAACUUCCUUGGUUGUUUAGACCUGAACAAGUUUGAGGCAGCCCCUACCGAAAACCAUCUGGUGAGCAGAGCGCUGGAGCUUCUGAAGAAUGAUACGUUCUGGGCUGGCGUUGUCUUUGAAAACCUCCAGCUGAACUCCAGCCAACCCCCUCCAUAUGUCAAAUACAAAAUCCGCAUGGACAUUGAUGAUGCAGAGCGUACCAGCGAAGUGAAAGACAGGUCAUGGUCUCCCGGGGCUCGAGACAACUCCUUUAACGACCUGCGCUAUAUAUGGGGAGGCUUCUCCUACCUGCAGGAUAUGAUGGACCAUGGUAUUAUACGAGUACAAACGUCAAAGACCCAACCACUCGGUGUUUUUGCACAGCAAAUGCCAUACCCCUGCUUCGUAGAUGACAGGUUCUUCCGGUUUCUGGCAAGCUCCCUCCCCUUAUACAUGACUUUAGCCUGGAUCUACUCAGUUGCCAUGAUCGUUAAGGGCAUCGUCGCAGAGAAAGAGGCGAGGCUUAAGGAGACCGUGAGGAUCAUGGGCCUCAGAGACUCCAUCUAUUGGCUGAGCUGGGCAGUGUCCAGCGCACUGCCAUUGGCCUUCAGCGCUCUUCUCCUUUCCUUUAUACUGAAGUACGGCAAAGUGCUGCAAUACAGCGACCCCUCGGUCAUCUUUGUCUUCCUGCUGGUGUUUUGCCUGGCCACCAUCACUCAGUGCUUCUUCAUUAGCGUCUUCUUCUCGAAGGCCAACUUAGCAGCGGCGUGCGGUGGCCUCAUCUACUUUGUCCUCUACCUGCCCCACGUCCUCUGCUACGCCUGGAGGGACGUCAUGGGUUUUCAGGCCAAGGUUGCAGUGAGUUUGUUGUCAUGUGUGGCCUUUGGCUAUGGCUGUGAGAACUUCGCCAAGUACGAGGAGCAAGGCGUCGGUAUUCAGUGGAACAACAUCAACAAGAGUCCAGAAGAGGGAGAACGCUACACCUUCAUCGUGUCCAUCCUCAUGAUGCUCUUUGAUGCUGCCUUUUACUGGGUGCUCACCUGGUACAUUGAGAAUGUCUUUCCAGGCCAAUAUGGAAUCCCGAAGCCGUGGUACUUCCCUUUCACUGCAUCUUACUGGUGUGGGACAGCCUCAACGACUGACAUUGACCCCGGCGUGCUGCAGAACUCCACCGAACAUAACGACUAUCUGGAGAAACCAUCACCCAAUAUGAAAGCAGGGGUCUCAGUCCGCAAUCUCGUUAAAAUCUACAAGACCGGAAAGAAGCUCGCCAUUGACGGACUGAGUAUGGACUUCUACGAGAAUCAGAUCACAUCUUUCCUCGGCCACAAUGGAGCCGGAAAAACAACCACAAUGUCAAUUCUGACAGGACUGUUCCCACCUACAUCAGGAACAGCUCUCAUCAACGGACACGACAUCCUCACUGACAUGGACAGCAUCCGAAAGUACUUGGGAAUGUGCCCACAGCACAAUGUCCUGUUCGAUGACCUGACAGUGGAGGAGCAUAUCUACUUCUACGCCAGGUUGAAAGGACGCAGCUGUGGCGAGGUGAAAAUUGAGAUGGACCAGAUGAUUAAGGAUGUCGGUUUAUCGCAUAAGAGGAAGGAUCUCGCUAAGAACCUGUCAGGUGGGAUGCAGAGGAAGCUGUCCGUGGCUAUAGCGUUUGUUGGCGGCUCAAAAGUCGUCAUCUUAGAUGAGCCCACAGCAGGAGUCGACCCCUAUGCCCGCAGGGGUAUCUGGGAACUGCUGUUAAAAUACAAACAAGGUCGCACCAUCAUUUUGUCAACACACCACAUGGAUGAGGCAGACAUCUUAGGUGAUCGCAUCGCCAUCAUCUCCCAAGGCAGGAUGCGUUGCUGUGGCUCCUCACUCUUCCUAAAGAAGCGUUUUGGCAGCGGCUACUACCUCACUCUGGUCCGAGAUGGGACGGAGAAGAUGGCAGCUCAGCGUGAUGGUAUCAUACACCAUCAGUCCAAAGAGGAGGAAGACUGUCCUUCGAGGAACGGCAGCCCGGAUGAUGGUAUCGGCAGCCAGAGCUGGGACAACUCUGAUCCCUCAGCAUAUUUGACAGCUGUGGAUCAAAUUGUGCGGCGCCAUGUCCCUGAGGCGGUCUUCUUGGAGAGCAUCGGUCAGGAGAUCACCUACAUACUGCCUUACUGUGGAGCCAGAGAUGGGACCUUUGCUUUGCUGUUUCAAAUGCUCGACCAGGCCAUGGCUGACCUUGGCCUGACCAGCUACGGCAUCUCUGACACCACGCUGGAGGAGAUAUUUCUUAAAGUGGCAGAAGAUAGUGGAGUGGAUGCAGAAAUACCAACAACAAAGGAGCUGUUGGUGAGAGACUGCAAAAGAGGCUCCCGCACAUCCAAGCGGAACAGCAUCGCCAGCGUCCACAUGAAAACAGAGCAAGUCUCUGGAAUGAGUGAGUUAAAGGAAAAGUUCACAAGUAAAGUGGAAGACGUACAGAGGAACGCCAGUGUCAGUGGGAGGGGAUCCACGGUCAUCACCGGAUGGGAGCUGAUCAGGAGGCAGUUCCUGGCGCUUUUUAUCAAGCGCUUUCACCACGCCCGAAGGAGCCGCAAGGGACUCAUUGCCCAGGUGGUCCUGCCUGCUGUUUUUGUGUGCCUGUCUCUGAUCUUCUCGCUCAUCUUGCCACCAUUCACCGAAUAUCCGAGUCUGGAGCUGCAACCCUGGAUGUAUGAUUUGCCUCAAACCACCUUUUACAGCAAUGAUGGGCCAGAUAAUGUGGAGGUGUCUAAGGUGGUCGAAACCUUGGUGAACAAGCCUGGCUUUGGGAUUCGCUGCAUGAAUGGAGACCCAAUACCGAAGUUACCAUGUUCUUCCAGUGGCUCCGAUUGGUUCACUCCAUCCGUGGAUCAGUCCGUCACUGACAUCUUCCUCAACGGGAACUGGAGCAUGUCCAACCCCUCCCCCUCCUGUCAGUGCAGCACGCCAAAGCGAACCAUCAUGUUACCUGACUGUCCACCUGGUGCAGGGGGGCUCCCUCCACCUCAGAGGAUUCAGAACACAACAGACACAUUGUUGGAUCUAACUGGACGGAACAUGACAGACUUCUUGGUCAAGACUUUUGAACGCUCGGGUAAAACAAGGUACGGAGGCAUCUCCGUCGGAGGCAUCAACUCCCAAGUCCGUCUGAGCGAGGCAGAAAUCGAAGCUUCAUUCAGGGAUCUAACAGACCUAUUCAGUUCCUUUCAGGAUAAUGUGACUGACCAGAUCUUCCAGAAGGCUGAGACGCUGCUGAAGAAGCUGGGAACCAGGGACAACCUAAAGGUGUGGUUCUACAACAAGGCAUGGCAUGGCAUGGCGUCCUUCCUCGGUGUGGCAAACAACGCCAUCCUGAGGGGAAAUCUGCCGGUCGGACAGGAUCCCAGCAAGUAUGGCAUCUCUGUGUCCAAUCACCCCCUCAACCUCACCAAGCAGCAGCUCUCCUACGUGGCCAUGGCCACAACCUCGACUGACGUGGUGGUGUCCAUCUGCGUUAUCUUUGCCAUGUCCUUCAUCCCUGCCAGCUUUGUCCUCUUCCUCAUCCAAGAGAGGGUGAACAAAGCCAAGCAUCUGCAAUUUGUCAGUGGAGUAAACCCAGCCGUCUACUGGCUGGCCAAUUUUGCCUGGGACAUGUGUAACUACAUCAUCCCGUGCCUGAUUGUGAUUGUGAUCUUCCUCUGCUUCCAACAAAAAGCCUACGUUUCACCUCCUAACCUGCCUGCUUUGAUUCUGCUGCUUAUUUUGUAUGGGUGGUCCAUCACCCCCUUGAUGUACCCCGCCUCCUUCAUCUUCAGCGUGCCCAGCACGGCCUACGUGGUGCUGACCUGCAUCAACCUCUUCAUCGGUAUUAACGGCAGCAUCGCGACCUUUGUAAUGGAGCUCUUUGAUGAUGAUAAUGUCUCCCGCAUCAAUGACAUUGUGAAGAACGUGCUGCUGAUAUUCCCCCAUUUCUGUCUGGGCAGAGGACUAAUCGACAUGGCCAAGAACCAGGCAAUGGCCACCCUCUUCAGCGGUUUUGGAGAAGACCGUUUCGAGGACCCACUCAGCUGGGAAAUGGUGGGAAAGAACCUUUGCGCCAUGUCCAUUCAGGGAGCUGUCAUGUUUACCGUCACAAUCCUCAUCCAGUAUAAGUUUUUUUGCAAACCAAGGCUCAUUUCAGGAAAGUCAUUAUCUGCGGAGGAAGAGGAUAUCGAUGUUGCUCGGGAACGCAAGCGCUUGUAUGAAGGGAAGGCCCAGAACGACCUUCUGAGCAUCUAUGACCUCACUAAGGUAUACUCUCGGAAGAGCGCCCCUGCUGUGGACAGGCUAUGUGUGGGAGUACCUGCCGCAGAGUGUUUUGGCUUGCUGGGAAUCAACGGGGCUGGGAAAACCACCACGUUCAAGAUGCUGACAGGAGACAUCCCAGUCUCCGGUGGAGAGGCCUUCCUAAAUGGAUACAGCAUACGAACCGAAAUGAGGGACGUGCACCAGAACAUGGGCUAUUGUCCUCAGUUUGAUGCUAUUGAUGAACUGCUGACUGGACGAGAGCAUGUGGAGUUUUACGCCAGGUUACGAGGGGUACCAGAAAAAGAGGUCACCAUGGUGGCCGAGUGGGGGAUCCGGAAAUUGGGGCUGGUCAAAUAUUCCAGCAAGUCGGCAGGAACCUACAGUGGCGGGAACAAACGCAAACUUUCUACAGCGAUAGCCCUGAUCGGUUGUCCUCAAGUGAUUUUCCUGGAUGAACCAACAACCGGGAUGGACCCCAAAGCCCGGCGCUUCCUGUGGGACUGCAUCCUGAGCGUCAUCAAAGAGGGACGAUCAGUCAUUCUCACAUCACACAGUAUGGAGGAGUGUGAAGCACUGUGCACACGCAUGGCCAUCAUGGUCAAUGGGCGCUUCAAGUGCCUCGGAAGCAUCCAGCAUCUGAAGAGCAGAUUUGGUGAUGGCUACACUGUGAUUGUGAGGGUUGGUGGCUCUCCUCCUGCGCUGAAGCCAGUAGAGGACUUCGUCCAGCAGUCCUUCCUGGGCAGCGUCCUGAAGGAGAAGCAUCACAACACACUGCAGUAUCAUCUCCCAUACACACAGGGGGCUUUGGCCAACAUCUUCAGCCAGUUCACCAGCAAUCAGCAGAGGCUGGGUGUGGAGGACUACUCCGUGUCCCAGACUACGCUGGAUCAGGUCUUUGUGAACUUUGCGAGGCAACAGCACGGGGAAGAGGACUCUAAGGCCUAUGACAACGCAGUGGACACUUCAGAUGAGCUGCCAAUGAAGUCGGUGAAGACCUCCCAAGAAGCAGAGAAGGUGUAACACUCAUUAGACACAUUACAAUUACAGUGGGGCUGGCAAUAUACUUUAAACAAGCUUGAAUUGGGCUCAAACUUUAUGCAUAGCAUUGUUUAGACACCAAGUGCAACAAUGACUUGUACUGUAAUUGUUUGUGUUAUCUUCCAUAACCACCCUGAAUUAACCUUCUCUAACACAACUCAUCUAAAUCUCGAGUUACAGUUAGUUCACACUGCAAAAACGUUUAAGCUCUCAGGCCUUCUGUAUUUCCUUCAAAUAUUUAUUCUCCUGGAGACCACCUUUUCUCAGUUAAUGCUGUCUCUGCAAAGUCAACACUAUAGACUGCAUAGAACUUGGAUGUCGUCUCCGUAACCUCAGCCAUAGGUCUCUGAAGAGCCGUUGUAAAGCUCAAAGUGGUUUGCUCCAGCUGUCGCCAUUUUGGCAGCUCCUGAACAAGAUGAAAAUUAGCUAUAGUGACCAAAACUGUUUUUGAUCCAGGCUGUACACAAAGAUAAUGCAAACAAGUUUGCUCAUAUUUUAGUAGGGAUAAUCCUGUCCUCCAUACAUAUUGGUAGGGACAUGACCCCACCAUUCACAUGCAAAUCCAAUUGUAUAUGCUACAACUGAGACAACGCCAGUUUUAUAGUUUUUAAUAUAUUGCCGACCUUAGCAUAGUGGAGGAGAGUGUGAGGACCAAAUGAUUCUGUGAAAACAUCAAUCUGCAUAAUAUUUAGGACACUCCAGGAUUGAACAUCAAAUUUGUUUGUGUUUGAGAUUUACUCGUUGUUUAUAAUGAUCAUAUUUUGAAAUAUAAAACUGUAUAAAAGAGAGAAGCUUUCCCUGAUGUUUUUAGGUUGAUGUGAUCAGGUCAGAUAUUAGGUCACUUAUGUUGAUAUUUAUACAUAUCAAUAAAUAUCAACAAGCGACUAAUCUAAGAAUAUUUGUCUUAAAUAAAAACCCCAUUGAUCAACAGUUAGUUCCUACCUCAUAUUGUGAUUUAAAAGGCACUGUAAUGUUUGAUUUUGAUUAGAAAUGAAUAAUAACAACUCUGUCUGAUGGCUUUGAACAUCUGAAUGAGCCUCCAAUCAGCUGUAGAUGCUGUUUAAUCAAAGACAUUGAGGUUCCUGCAGUGGGAAGAUGAUGAGUCAGUCAGAGUCAACCAGCUGUUAAACAUGUUGGGUCUGCUAGAAAGACAACACAUCGUAUGUGUGCACCAGUUUACAGAGAACUACUAUUCAGAGGCUUUGUGACUAUAACUGGAGUUACUGUGAAUACAUUUUGUCACAAUGUGCCUUUUUUAAACUGCCAUGUUUGGAAACCCUUUGACAAUCAAUAGGCUCUGGCAGCAUGUCUUAUUUACAAUGUUAAAGGAGUAGUUCACCCACAUAAUCACCAUCAAUUACACUUUGUAACCUGAGUUAUACCGCACGAGUUUUGUGUGACUUUGUAAAGGGGAUUUUUUAAUAUAGUUUUGCUGAGAAAAACAAGGUUCUUUAACAGAUAAAACAGCAUUAGUUCUGGUAAUAUGGAUUUCCUAUUUUACUUACGUUACUGUUGCUACACCUAUCGAGUUUACCAUUUCGAUAAAUGCAGUUUAAAAUGAUGUCUGCCUUUUUUUUUCACUUGGAAAAUUAAUGAAUUUUUUUUAAACUGUAAUUUGGAAUGAAUGUCAUUAAUGUUUUAAAUAAAUUAUACAACAUAGCUGUGAUAUGUAUAGAUAUUGCAUUGUAUACUACGUGAACGAAAUGUAUAAAUGGUAAAUGGUAUAUACUGCUUAUGUUCAACAAAAUAGAAUGUUAAAUAAUGUUUUAUGUGCAAUCUUGACUCAAGAAUAUUUACUUUUAAAUGUAGAGAGUAGUUCAUAGCUACAUUCUUUUCAACAUUAUGUUCUGUACUGUACAACAUUAAGAGAUUGUAAUUGGCCUAAUGAUUAAUAACCUGAUGCUGCUGACAUUACUUGCCACUUACAGUCACUCUGGCUUACUUUGAGAGCUCGACAUCAUUUUUAUGCUGUGCUCAAAUUACUGUCAUGCCCGUUGCAGAGAAUAAUGCAUCCUAUGUACACUGAAUCCU